AUGGCAGAAAAGACGACUUGGAAAGUUAUUGCUACAACAGCACUAUUGACUGUUGCUACUACAAAAUGUAUUGAGUGUGCAUGGAACAAUUACAAACAAAAACAACAUAACACAACUAAAAAUGCCGAUAACAGAAUCAAAGCUAUUAAUAGAGAAUAUGAAGACCAUUUAUUCCGUGAACAACUGGCUCGUAAUUAUGCUUUUUUGGGUGAAGAAGGUAUGAAAAAAUUGAAAAAUCAAUACAUUGUUGUUGUUGGCGCAGGUGGUGUGGGUUCUUGGGUUGUUACCAUGUUGGUUCGUUCUGGGUGUACGAAGAUUAGAGUCAUUGAUUUUGAUCAAGUUUCUUUAAGUUCUUUGAAUAGACACAGUUGUGCUACUUUAGUAGAUGUAGGAACACCAAAGGUUGAAUGUUUAAAGAAACAUAUGAAAACCAUUGCACCAUGGUGUGAAGUUGAUGCAAUUAAUGAAUUAUGGAAUAAAGAUAAUGGCGAAAAGUUACUGUUUGAUGGUGGUAAACCCGAUUAUGUAAUUGAUUGUAUUGAUAACAUCGAUACUAAAGUUGAUCUUUUAGAAUUUGUCUAUAAAAACAAGUUAAACGUUAUCUCAUCUAUGGGUGCUUCCACGAAGAGUGACCCAACCCGUAUCAAUAUUGGUGAUCUCACUACAACUGAAGAAGAUCCAUUAGCUCGUAGUGUAAGAAGAAGAUUAAAACAAAGAGGUAUAACCGAAGGUAUCCCUGUGGUAUUCAGUGCAGAAAAACCGGAUCCACGUAAGGCUAAACUUUUGCCCUUACCGGAUGAAGAAUUUGAAAAGGGUAAAGUUGGGGAAUUGAGUGCUUUAAAGGAUUUCCGUGUAAGAAUCUUACCCGUAUUAGGUACUAUGCCAGGUAUAUUUGGGUUAACAAUUGCUACCUGGGUUAUCACUAAAGUUGCUGGUUACCCAAUGGAUCCAAUUGAGGGGAAAAAUAGAAUUAAGAUAUACGAUGGUAUUUUUAUGUCACUAGCAGGACAAAUGUCCCGUAUUGGUAUGCCAGAUCAGCGCAUACCAAUAUCUGUUGGUGAUGUUGGCUAUAUGCUGGAAGAAGUAUUUAGAGGAAAAUCACCAUUAAGUGGAUAUUCUACAAAAUUAGUAUUAUCUAAAUGGGAUCCAAAUCAACCUGUCAGUUUACAAAAUGUCGUUAUCAUGACCAAAGAAGAACAAAAGAACCAUGAAAAACGUGUCUUAAAUGGCGGUGAAAAAUUGGAAAAUGUUUACACCAAAGAACAAAUAGAUUUAGUUAAUAAAAGAUUAGAUGAGGAAAAAUAUUACUCUCAAUUCAGAUAA